AUGGGAUUUGGCACCAACGUGACCGAGCAACUCAUUGGCACUAUGAGCAAGCAACAGGGUCCCCGCGUUCUAGUGUGUCCGUCAGGGUUCAAGGAGAGCUUAAAUCCGGUGGCAGUCGCUGACUGCAUUGAGGCGGGCAUUCUCCGCGCCUUGCCAGAAGCCAUCAUAACCAAGUGUCCCCUGGUAGACGGGGGCGAGGGCUUCACAAAGUCCAUCGUUGGGGCGACGGCGGGCGGUGAAGUGCACCAUCUCGAUGUUGUCGGUCCUGUUCGUCGGCCGGUCUGGUCACAUUUCGGGAUUCUGGGCCCUACGACUACAAGGACAGCGAUCAUCGAGAUGGCAGCAGCAGCAGGCCUCAGUCUGGUCCCCAACGACCAGAGAAACCCAAUGCACACCACGUCGUUUGGCGUUGGACAACUCAUCAAGGCCGCACUCGACAGCGGUGUCACCGGCAUUUUGCUGGGCUGCGGAGACUCCGGAACGUGUGAUGGAGGCUUGGGCAUGGUGCAGGCUCUUGGUGGGCGCUUUUACACGACUGCUGGAGAUGAGAUUCCCCCAGCGAUGGGAGGCGUGUCGUUGGAAAAUCUAGCGGCAGCAGACCUAUCCGGCCUUCAUCCCCGACUGAAGGAGGUCAAAAUAGACGUCGCCUGCAACUGGUACAACGUUCUUUGUGGCCCACAGGGCGUGGCUCGGGUCUUCGGUCCGCAAAAAGGAGCCACGCCCGCCGAAGUUGAACGCCUGGGAGAAGCCAUGGACCGGGUGGCAGCAGUCGUGGGCUCGGCACUGGGCAAGGACAUCUCCACCGCACCCGGCAGCGGAGCCUCGGGCGGCAUGGGAGCGGGCCUGAUGCUCAUCGGAGCGGAACUGCAUCCGCGCUUUGAUGUGAUUGGGGAGUUUCUCAACAUCAGCACGCUCGUCCAGCAGACCGACAUUUGCUUCACGGCCGAGGGAGGCAUCGACGAGCAAACCCCGCGAGGCAAGAUUCCCGCGCACGUUGCGCGGCUCGCAAAAGAAAGCGGCGUCCCGGUGAUAGCUCUGGCGGGAACCGUGGGGGCAGGAGCGCGCACGAAUUACGAGGCGGGCAUUGAUGCAUACGCCAGCAUUCUUCAAGGUCCCUCGACGCUGCAAAUGGCGAUACAAGAUGCCGAAAGACUCCUCACCGACGCGGCCGAGAGCGCGAUGAGGAUGGUCAUGGUAGGAAGGGCGCUUCAGCGGGUGCUGGGUCCCGCUGUGUUGCCGGGAGGCGCCGGUGCAGACGUCCAAAAGGUCAUGCGCCGGACCAGGAGUGCAAUCGCAGAGUCGUCAUGGAGCCUACCUGAAUGUCUUUUGGAGACGGUGGAUCGGAAUGUCUAUUAG